UACAUAUACAUCCGACAACUUGGCCACCUAAGCAAUCACGUGAAUCACGCAACAAAAUUCAUUGCCCACCUCUACGAUCGCGAGGAUGGUCCCGUCCCGCGCGAGAGAGAUGAUGAUGAAAUGCGGUUGGACGGAAGGAAAAGGACUCGGUAAGGAUGAAUGCGGCAUAACGGAACCUGUAAAACUCGCGACAACUCAGAAUAAAGCGGGUAUAGGAUACAGCGAGAACAAUCCCUGGUGGGAAAAGAUGUUUGACGACGCCAUCAAAAAUGUUAAGGUCACGUCGCACGGUGACGAGGUUUCUUUGUCUGUUGUCAGUGAUACGGACGCUUCGCGCCUUGGAGGCGAAUGCAUGAUCAGUGGGAGAAAAUUUACACCUAGACGUUACACUAAGAACUGGAAUGACUGGAAAACAUUUGUAAAGUCAGAGGUCUCAUUCGAUGACCAAAAGCUUACGCUUACAAACCCGUAUAGCUGUGAUACAUUUACAAGGCCUAUAUUAAUGAGGAAACCUCCUCUCGAUCAGACAACUUCAAUAUGUUUCGGCGAAAUGAUGGACGAAACAACGGGACACAAUCUUACGUCAUCAGGUGGAAAAUUGGAAAGGAUCGCGGAGCAGGAUAGAAUACUUUUAAAUAAGUCUCUAUCAGAUACAACUCUGACCAGGGAGAACGACACGAGCUAUAGGAAGACGAAUGUAGAAUCAGACGUGGAGGAGAAGGAGCAUGAAAUAGAUAGCAUUGAAAGCAUAUUGCAAUUUGAUGGAAAUUGGAUGUCCUGCAAGUCCAGAACCAGAAAGAAGAAAGAUAAAAAAAGAAUACAUAUGCUAGUGACACGACUAGGCGCUUGUAAUUUAGAGAAAGAAAGGCAUGACUUUCCGAAGAUUAGGACGCUUUGCCAAAAGAUGAAGAAAAACAAAGAGAAAAAAGUAGAUAAAAGCACGCUGUUGACUUGUUUAGCGACGGAUACAUCAGGCCAGGUAACAAUGUCUCAAAGUCCAGAAGUCCACGGUAAUAAAUCUCGGGUAUCAAAUUCAUUUAAAGAGAGAAGGUCUAGAAUGAAUACAUUAAUUAAUAUAUUACAAAGCGGAAAAAGUGUAAAUGAGAAGGACAGCGUUGGGCAUAAAAUAGAAUUAAGUCCGGAAUUGACAAAUAGUAUCGAGGGAAACAAAGUGACAGAUAAGCGAUGUAAAGACUGCAUAAUCGAUUUAGAUGCAGAGAAGCAAGAUUAUGAUCGAUAUUCGAUGCGAAAUUUAAGAUGGGACGCUUUAAAACUAGAUAUUCCUGAAAACCAUCCCGUUUUAAAACUCGGUGUGGUAGGUGAAUUGCCAGGACUCCGUAAAGAGCUCCUUUAUGCCGCAAAGGAAUGCGGCAUAACGGAACCUGUAAAACUCGCGACAGCUCAGAAUAAAGAGGGUAUAGGAUACAGCGAGACCAAUCCCUGGCGGGAAAAGAUGUUUGACGAUGCCAUCAAAAAUGUUAGGGUCACGUCGCGCGGUGACGAGGUUUCUUUGUCUCUUGUCAGUGAUACUUGUUCACCUAGAAUUUACAGAACUGAAGAAUUUGAGAACUGGAAACAUCCAGACCGGGAAGACCGUUUGAAAUGCCAACUCAUUAAUAACCAUAAAUUAAAGAAAGAAAGUAAGAGACGGUGUAAGAAACAGUUGGGGGAAAUUAUCGCCUCAGUAGUAAGGCGUGGACGUUUCAACCAUCAGGUAAAUUCUGUAAUAAAUGAUUUAACGUCAUUCAGUCUUACCGAAGAGGUAAAGGCAGAUACCAUUAAAAAAAAACCUACUCAAACUCACCGCACAUCUGUUUAGAAAUAAAAAAAGGUAAACCAAAAAUAAAAUAAAAUAAUACUCGAAUAAUUAAGUAACUUUUUGUAUGUAUACUUUUGCUUUUAUAAUUUCAAGAUAUUUUUAACAUAUAAAUUGCAAAAAUGAUGUGUAGAAAUAACUUGACUGCCUUAAAAGAAUGUCUAAUAAUAGUCUGUAAAUUAUACAUAACUGAUAAAAAAUAUGGAUAUGACUAUUUAGCACUUAUUCAUUGAAUUAUUCGCUCGUUAAUCAUGCAAUUCUAACAAAAAUUGAUCUGAUUUUUAUUUUUAUAGUACAUUCCGUGCUCCAUUUUUAAUCUUUUAUUUUAUAUACAUAUAAUACUGCAA